UGAAUCCAAUAUGGCGGACGACAGCUGAGAGAAAAACAACAAAUUUGCCGAUUUUAGCCCAGAAUAUAUGGUGAAGACUUAGCAAUAUGUGGGGAAGGCUUACGUCCGUGGCUCAGGCAGUCACGGACAAACUAGAGGAGAGUUUUGGAGAGGAUCACGAAUAUCCUACCGCUGGAGGUGCUGCCGGAACCUCAACACAACCUCAGAGCCAAGAAGAAGUCAUUUCAGACCUAAGAAAGGCGCUUGUAGAGUCUGAGAAACGGAAUGAAGACAUAAACCAUGAAUUCCAGAAACUAUUACGAGCAAAAGAGGAGGAAAUCAUCCAUCUUAAAGAAAGCCAGGAAGYUGCUGUCACACAAGAACCAGGGUCUGCUGCAACCCUGGAAGUACAAAACACUUUGGAUACAUUAAAACAGCAACUACAAGAAAAGGAAAAUGAACUACAGACUUCUGAACAGAGGUUCAACAAGCUCAAGUCAAAUGCAAAGACUAAAAUAGGAAGACUAGAAGAAGAACURGCUGCACUCAAAUCAUCCAGCACAUCACAACCAGCAACUUUACAUGUAACAUCUCCUACUUCUCCUGAGAAAUCUGUAGAGAUGAGUWCCUUGAUAGAUGAAAAAGACAACAUUAUACAAACGCUUUCACAACAGCUAAAUGUGAGYCAGAAAAGAGAGAAAGAUCUGGAAAUAGAAGGACGCCAGAAUGAGGAGAAGUGCAUGGCAGAAAUAGCAACUAAAAUUAUGGAGAUCCAACAGCUCAAGGUAAAAUGAUCUGCUUCAGACAUCAAAUCUCAUAAUGUAC